ACCCUAUUGAAUUUCAAUUUAAAUAAGAUUAUAUUAAUGUGUUUUUUAUAUAUACUAUGUUGUAAGAAAUAAAAUUUGUUUCUUCUUCAUAUAUUGAUUUUCUUGAGAUUCAACUCUAAACUCAAAAUACACAUUCAUAUUCAUACUUGUGUUUCUGUUGGAGAAUCAGAGAAAAUGGUAACAAGGACAGUAGAUCUUCGAUCGGAUACGGUCACGAAACCGACCGAAACAAUGCGAGUUGCUAUGUCGAAUGCUGAGGUCGACGACGAUGUUCUUGGUCGCGACCCUUCGUGUUUUCGACUAGAAAAAGAGAUGGCAAAGAUAACUGGCAAGGAAGCUGCUCUUUUUGUUCCAUCAGGAACUAUGGGGAAUCUCAUAUCUGUGCUUGUUCAUUGUGAUAUCAGAGGCAGUGAAGUGAUUCUCGGGGACAAUUCGCAUAUUCAUAUUUACGAGAAUGGAGGGAUUGCAACCAUUGGAGGUGUGCAUCCAAGAACAGUUAGAAACAAUGAAGAUGGAACUAUGGACAUUGAUUUGAUUGAAGCUGCAAUUAGAGAUCCAAAAGGGGAACUUGUUUUUCCAACCACUAGGCUCAUUUGCUUGGAAAAUUCUCAUGGAAACACCGGCGGUCGAUGCCUUUCCGUUGAGUAUACGGAUAAAGUUGGAGAGGUUGCCAAGAAGCAUGGACUGAAGCUUCACAUCGAUGGAGCUCGUAUAUUUAAUGCAUCAGUUGCACUUGGUGUUCCUGUGGAUAGGCUUGUACGAGCGGCCGAUUCAGUAUCGGUUUGCUUAUCGAAAGGUCUAGGUGCUCCGGUUGGAUCUAUAAUCGUUGGUUCAAAUAGCUUUAUCACCAAGGCUAGAAGACUUAGAAAGACAUUAGGUGGUGGAAUGAGACAAGUUGGCAUCCUUUGUGCAGCUGCACUUAUUGCAUUACAGGAAAAUGUUGAAAAGCUAGAAAGUGAUCACAAGAAAGCUAAACUUUUGGCCGAUGGAUUGAAUGAAAUUAAAGGAUUGAGAGUGAAUACCUCUUCUGUGGAAACCAAUAUUGUAUAUAUUGAAGUCGAAGAAAGUUUACAAACUACAGCUGCAAAGCUAUCUAAAGACUUAGAAGAAUAUGGUAUCCUUAUCAUGCCAAUAAGCUCAUCAAGAUUGAGAGUUGUGUUCCAUCACCAAAUAUCAGAUAGCGAUGUGAAGUUCGUAUUGUCGCGCUUUCAGCAUGUUGUUGGUGGAGGACCAAAUGAAAAUGGCAACUCUUAGUGUCAUCAUUUCGGAGGUUAACACGAAGGAGCAUUAGCAACUAUAGUAGAAGAAUUUCAAGUUUGUAAACUUUUGUUGAAAAAUAAAAUUCUCAUAAUGGUGUAAGAAUAAAUAUGAACCAUAGUAAGAAGGUUUAAUUCAUAAUUUAUAGGUACAACUGCAUAAAUAAAUCAGUGAACUAUGAAGUGCCUUAUGAAAUGUUAGUUGCUUGCUCUUUAUCUUUGUUUCUUUAAUAAAGUGUGUUUUUCUUUUCUUAAUUGUAUUCUUAAAUUUAAGAAAUUAUACAAAAUAAUCACUUUUUGAA